AUGUCUGAGACCAACCUGACAGAAGCAAGACUCUUCUCCCAUGAUUCCAAGAACGACUAUGACUAUCUCAGUGGACCUUCAGAUGGUGCUAUAGACCUCACUGCAGCUACACUUUCUCCUGGUAAAGCUCUAGACUUCACUCACAAAACUACUGGAGUCUACCCUGGGAUGACUUCUGAUCCAUACUCCCAGAUCCCUGCAGCUGCUUUCGGUGUUAAAAGUGCUCUAAGAACCUCAGCUGGAAUCGUUUACUCCUCAGUCUCUGCCCCAGUUCCAUCCACGUAUGCAAUUACAACUCAACCAGGCUCUGUGUUAAGCACCACCUUUACACCUACAUCAACAGUCCAAAACCAGUCUGUGCCAUAUCCAUAUGGCUUAAUUCCUACUACAGACCCGGGACAGAUCAUUCCUUUUGACACAGGCCUUCCUAAGGAGCUUCUACCCACAGCUUUAGCUGACAUUAUAACAGGCUAUCCAGAAAUGUACUCUGACACCACUCUGGAAGCAAUUGCUGCCUCUUUGGAUGCCUUGGCUUCUUCCCCAAUAUUCCCUGGCUUAGACAACACUAAGAUGGUCCAGUAUCAGAUGGAGAGGGAGUUUCUAGAGCUAGAGAAACUUAAGCAACUUUGUCUUGCUGAGGAGCUAGAGUGGGAGAGGCAGGAGAUCCAGCGUUACCGUGAGCAGGAACAGCUUAUGGUCCAAAGGGAGCUUGAGGAACUUCAGGCUCUGAAACAGCAGCUUCUCCUGCAGCAGGAAGAAGAGCACCAUGCUCACAUGGUGGCCCAGCAGGAGACAUAUGUCCAACAAACAGAGCAGCUGCAGCAAAUCCAACAACUCCAAAUUCAACUCCAACGCCAGCUAGAUGAGCACUACAGUAGCACUGGUACCACAGGAAACCUCCUUGAUGCUAAAUAUGCAGGAGUAGGGGACGGUGGUCAGUACUGGCCUGUCAAAGAUGAGUCGACAUCUCCAUUAAUUACAGCACAGUUAGAGGAAAGCCAGGAACAUAGUAGUAUAGGACAUAAGCUGCAAGCUGACCAUGACACAGGGAAAAAAAUUAUUGAUAGUGGAGUGCAGACAGAUGACGAAGACUCAGCAGAAAAGCAGCCUGUGGGAAGGAGAAAAAAGAAUAAGAGAAAUGUUGACAGCUCAGCUCAGACUGAUGAUGAAGACCAAGAUGAAUGGGAGGCCCCCACAAAAGCUCGACGGCGCUCUCGAAAACAUAGCAGUGAAGGGAAACAUGGCUCUAAGGUCGCUAGCAUUGCUAUCCAGACAGUGGCGGAGAUGUCUGUCCAGACUGACCACUCUGGAUCAAUCAAACGACCCACUGUGAAGAUGGACACUAAGGUGGAAAUUAUUAAGCACAUCUCAGCUCCCGAAAACUCUCAGAGAGGUGGCAGUCUUAGCUGUCAGACAGACUCAGAUAGAAGGCACACACCUAUUGAGGUGGGAUACAGCACACACCUAACAGCGGAUGUUCCCACCAAGACUAAAAUCUUCUAUACUGCAGUCUCCCCGUUGUCCCCAGAAAAGUCACUUGGAGGGCAGAGAAUGCUAACUGCUGACCCAACCAGGUUUUCCUCUGGCCCUCGAAUAUCAAAGACUGGUCAAAAGUCUCUAUCUGAUCCUAUAUCCCUGAGUCCUACCAGGGAGGACGGGAUGAGUGGAUACAAUGCAGACAGCUAUACUGGACGAGGCUCUCCCUCUGGCACAGGAAAGAAAGUAAAACGGACACUGCCAGACCCCCCUCCUGAGGAUGAAUCCAUGACAGGAAGGUCAGGCUACAGCAGCAACUCUGCACGUCGUCGUCUGGCCCGCAGCACAACAAUGGCUCGGGCAAAGAUCCUGCAGGACAUUGACAAGGAGCUCAAUCUGGUGGAAAGAGAAUCCUCUAAACUACGCAAAAAACAGGCGGAGCUAGAUGAAGAGGAAAAAGAAAUUGAUGCCAAGCUUCGGUACCUGGAGAUGGGUAUCAACAGACGUAAGGAUGCCUUGCUGAAGGAGAGAGAGAAGAGAGAGAGGGCCUAUCUCCAGGGGGUGGCAGAGGAAAGAGAUUACAUGUCAGACAGUGAGGUUAUCAACCUCAGAGAGAGUAGGGGUGAUGGCCAGGAGAGACCACGGACUGCACCCCAAUCUGAGUUUGACCAAUUCAUCCCCCCACAGACAGAAGCUGAUUCCCAGUACAACACACUAACCAGUCCCUACUCCCACUAUGCCCAGUAUGUUCCCCAGACCCAAACCACCAGUCCCUAUACCCAACCGAACCUCUAUCAGCAGCAGUCCCUCUACCACCAACAGGUGUCUCCUUACUCAACUCUAACCCUCUCCCAUGCCCAGGCUCAGUCAAAUAGUUACCAACAUGCUCUGCUCUUGCAGCAGGCAAAGCAGCGACAAACCACUUCAGAUUUAGAGCCUAAGAUCAAUACUAACUACGAAGUAAUUCGCAGCCAACCUAUGCUCAUUGUACCAACCUCCACAGAAAGUGGCUAUGGAGUUGCUCACCUGGGGGGCAAGUAUGGCAACUUGGACUUGAGGCUAGGGAUAGAGGAGAGGAGCAUGGCCUCUAGUCCCAUGUCUAGUAUUUCUGCUGAUUCUUUCUAUGCUGAUAUUGACCACCACAAUGCCAGGAACUAUGUUUUGAUAGAUGACAUAGGGGAGCUCACCAAGUCUUCAACCGGGCUGAGCAGCACUGGAAUGGGUUCGGGAUUCAACCUGCCUGAUAAGGAGAUGUCCAAGGCAGACAGACUACUAAGAGCAGCAGAAGUCAGACGAACAGCAGAGGUGGCAGAGUUUUUAGGCUCAUCUCGUCUUCAAGGUUAUGGUAAAGGAGAAGAUGACACUAUGGAAGAGCCUUAUGAACUUAAACUACUGAAGCAGCAAAUCAAGCAAGAGUUCCGGCGAGGAACUGAGGGGCUAGAACAUUUAACAGGUUUGGGACCACCCCAGUAUCUCCCCAGUGACAGCAGUUUCCGCAGCUUUCCUAAAGGAGAGAAAUAUAGCAUUGGUAGACUCACCCUUGAAAAACAGGCUGCAAAGCAACUACCAGCAGCAGUGCUUUACCAAAAACAGAUGAAGAGCAAAAAGGCCCAAAUAGACCCUAAAGCCAUCACAAAAUUCUCCCCAAUUCAGGAGAGUAGGGACCUGGAGCCUGACUACGGCAGCUACAUGGGGUCUGGAGCCUCCUCUGUUAGCAAUCUGGCAGCUAGGGCUAGGUUGCUUCAGGAUGAGAUUACAUUUGGGCUAAGAAAGAACUUGUCUGAGCAGCAAAAAUACUUGGGCUCCUCUCUCGGGGCCAACCUAGCUGGUUCUCUUAAUCUUGGGCAGUCCCUUGGAUUGGGAUCUACUAUCAGAGCCACUGUCCAGGAUGAUGGCACCUACCCAAGUGGCAGUCGUUCCCGACCUUCAUCCCGCCCCUCCUCUCGGCCCUCUUCUGUCUAUGGCUUGGAUCUAUCUAUUAAACGGGACCUAUCCAGUUCCUCACUUAGACUUAAAACAGAGGGGGAGGUCUUGGAUGCAGCAUUUGCCCCUGGGGUGGCCAGAGUAAAGCCAACUAGUUUACCUAUCAGCCAAAGCCGGGGCCGCAUCCCCAUUGUGGCUCAGAACUCUGAGGAAGAGAGCCCUCUGAGCCCAGUGGGGCAGCCUAUGGGCAUGGCUAGAGCCUCAGCCGGACCUCUCCCUCCCAUCUCUGCUGACUCCAGGGACCAAUUUGGUUCUAGCCAUUCCCUGCCAGAGGUACAGCAACAUAUGAGGGAGGAAUCUCGAACGCGUGGCUAUGAUCGAGACAUUGCAUUCAUCAUGGAUGACUUGCAAGGUGCCAUGUCUGACAGCGAAGCCUACCACCUGAGGAGAGAAGACACAGACUGGUUUGACAAGCCGACAGAAGGGCAUCAGCCAAGUGGAAGCAUGUCAGACAGAAGACAGAUGAAACUGGUCCCUUUUGCCUACCCUCACACUUGCGUCACGCUUAAGAGAGACCUGCGGGACACCAGUGUUUCAGGGAAUGGACUCGGAAUUCGUGUCGUGGGUGGAAAGGACAUUCCGGGGGGCAGAGGAGAGAUCGGAGCCUACGUUGCCAAGGUCAUCCCUGGGGGUGUGGCAGAACAGACAGGAAAGGUUGUAGAAGGAAUGCAGGUGCUGGAGUGGAACGGAGUCCCUCUGAUGGGGAAGACUUACGAAGAAGUGCAGUGCAUCAUGGGCCAGCCAUGUGCAGAGGCGGAGCUCUGCGUGAGACUCGACCUUAAUAUGCUGUCUGACCCUGAGCACCCACAAGCCCUGGAGCACCAUGUCCAGCUUAAGGCUGGUGGGCAGCGCUCCCCUGGGGUGGAUCCUAAGCAGUUGGCCGCAGAGCUGCAAAAGGUGUCGCAGCAGCAGGGUCCGGGUUUGGCAGGAACAGGGGUUUUGACCGGGAGCUUAGGGGUCCUCUCUGCACUGGAGCGCUCCGCCCUCCUCCACUCGGGGACUGGAUCGGCGGCCUCCAGUGGAGUGCCAAGCCCUGGCCAGCCCGCGUCCCCUGCCAUAAACAAAAAACAGCGACACAAGCCAGCUGAGGUGAUGACGAUGCCUCACCCCAUCACAGGAGAAAUUCAGCUCCAGAUAAACUAUGACAGGAACCUAGGAAACCUGAUCGUACACGUCCUGCAGGCUAGAAACUUAGCCCCGAGAGACAACGACGGCUACUCCGACCCUUUCGUCAAGGUCUACCUCUUACCAGGACGAGGCCAAGUCAUGGUUGUCCAGAAUGCAAGUGCUGAUAACAAGAGAAGGACCAAGUAUGCCCAGAAGACGAUGAACCCUGAAUGGAACCAAACUGUCAUCUACAAGAACAUUCAUUUGGAGCAGUUAAAGAAAAAGACACUGGAGGUGACGGUGUGGGACUAUGACAAAACCUCCUCCAAUGACUUCCUUGGAGAGGUGUUGAUUGACUUAUCGAACACCACCCAGCUGGACAACACUCCUCGCUGGCUGCCCCUGAGGGAGCAGAGUGAGAGCAUUGAGCACAACAGAGCCCACCAUGCUGCUCAAGGCCCACCAGGGUCUGGGUCUGAUCAGGGACAUGGCCAAGGACACAUGUCAGGACCUGGGUUGGGGUCUGGGCAUGUUAUGGGACAGGUUCAAGGACUGGGAGAUGAGAUCCAUGAUUCACCUAAAAACUCUGUAAUCAAGAGCAGAAGUCAUGGAAUUUUUCCCGAUCCAGCUAAGGACAUGCAGAUGAUCCCUCUGGAGAAGUCACACAGCAGCCCGGGCAGCUCCAAGUCAUCCUCUGAUGGCCAACUGCGCUCCCACGGCCCAUCCCGAAGCCAAAGCAAGAGCAGCGUCACUCAGGCCCACCUUGAGGACGCUGGGAUAGCCAUCGCUGCUGCCGAGGCCGCCGUCCAUCAGUCCCGCCUGCAACCAAGACCAGGACACCGGCUGGGUGAUGUCUCAGGGUCAGUGGUGCUGUCUGCCCCGAGUCUCAUAGGAGACGCCUACGGGGACGGGGAAGAGGGAGCGGGCACUGGAGUUGACAGUGCCAUUUUCCAAGUGCCACGCAUUGGUAAGACUGUUCCCAACGGCACCGACAAAAACCAACUGGGAACCCCAGAAAAUGAAGCGACCCCUAGUGGCCGACGUCGCGCACUGCAGGUUGAGGGGCUGAUCCCUGAUGUCAUCUUUCCUUGUUAUGUAGCAGGUAAAACACAAGUAAUAGGGGAGAUCAAGGUCGCUCUCAAGAAGGAGGUGAAGCCAGAGGGAGACCAGCUGGUUUUGGAAAUCCUUCAAUGCAGAAACAUCACGUACAAGUUCAAAAGCCCCGAUCACCUACCAGACCUGUACGUGAAGCUGUAUGUGGUGAAUGUGGCCACUCAGAAGAGGAUCAUCAAGAAGAAGACCAGAGUUUGUCGACAUGACCGGGAGCCGUCUUUCAACGAGACCUUCAGGUUCCCCAUGAACCCAACCGGACACGCCAUUCAGCUUUUCCUGGUGUCCAACGGCGGGAAGUUCAUGAAGAAGACGCUGAUAGGAGAAGCCUACAUCUGGCUGGACAAGGCGGACAUGAGAAAGAGAGCGGUCAGCUGGCACAAGCUGUUCGUCAGCUCCGGUCUGACAAACCCCUGAGCACCACAGCAACAACAAGAAGAAGAUGACCAAAGGGGUAGCAGCUCAACGAAAGGUGAAGCCCAUGUCACAGGUCCAAUUUUGACCAAAAAAGUGUUGGAGAAGAGGAAAUAAAAAAAACAAACAAUUUGAUGUAAUUCCUCAGUGGAUACGUUAGAAGAAGGAGUGAAUAAUGUGCGAAUACCAUAAGAAUUGAAUCAGUCCAACACUGCCAGCACACGUCCACCUCUUCCCAUGUCAAGACGCUGCCAGUUGUGGGCUUUUGCUCGUAUAGGAUGCAAACGUGCAAGUGACACAUCAGGCACUGAACAGCAAUAUGGCUUUUUAGAGCAGUGAUGUCUUUACCCACCAUAGUUCCAACACCAUGGUCCACGUUAGACACUGUUGUUUCGGUGCUGUGCCACUGAGCUAACAUAUCUAUCAGAGAUUUAAAAGUUGAAUUUCACCUGAAUGAGCUUCGUGGUUUGUCCUGUGACACUCAUCGUUGUACUGCCCACAUGAUGCUCGUGACGUGAUGUAACGAUGGAGGAAUGCUUAGUGUUUGUAUGAUCGUCAGUUUUAUGAAAAAUCUGAAAAAAAAAAACGCAAAACAACAGAGCCUUUUACGUGGAACCGAGUCAAACAGCUGACCUUCGUUGUGGGAUGAAGAUAAGCAUGUACAGCACUUCAGAUGUAGAUACCACACAUGCCGAUUACAGAACAUAUCAGAGAAUCACAUUGUACAGUGUGAUGUUUAUGUAGUACACAAAGAUAUCGGAUUUAGAAUAUAUAAAAAUACGCUAUAAACAUAAAAUAUAGAACGUCAGAAGGUUAUAUAUGAUUAGAUAUACACUUAUGAUCUCUCUAUCUAUGAUCUAGAUUGAGGCUGUGGGUGGCGCACUGACAAUCCACUGGGCUACUUUAGUCGAGGGCGUAUGCAGUCUCGUGUCGACUGCCAUGUGAAUGUGGACCUAUGUGAGUAAAUGGCUCCUUUGGUCCUGUGAUCACACUGACGCACCACUCGAUCUUCAGCAGGACGGUCAAGGUCAACGUCCAUCGACAUGUUACCGUGCAGGGCAGUUUAGAAUCACAAUAACAAGGAAUCGCUCGUUGUGCUCUGAAGCCCAAAGCACAUUGUGUUGAAUGUUUCAAACCACCUGUUGAGGAUGACGAGGAUUUGUCACAUCAUCCGUUGUCAUGUGUGCGACGUUUUACUUUAAGGCUGUUGUUGUGCUCAGAGUAUGCUAAAUAUUUCUUUCUGUGUAGCUGUGAUUCACACACGUUGUGUCAAAACCAUGCGUCGAAACCUGCAACUGACGGAUUGACAGCUCUGCUUUUUUUCGUGCAUUAGUAAAAAUCCCUGGUCUGAGUCCCCCCCCCCCCCAUAAAAAAAAAUGUGUUCUUAUCAGUCAAAUGUCAAGGUUCCUCUGUGUGUCUGGCUGUGCUGUUAAACUCACUGUACUGUUUUGUGUCAGUGAACCAGCCUCUUUCACUGCCUGUGACCAAAACGCUUACUCAGGCCCUCUGGGGUUCAGUCAUAUCGAGUCGGGGGAGAAAACGUGGGGCCACGUCGCAGUGCUAAUGUUCGAGCAAGUGACCUGUGUAUUCAUUUUCAAAUGAUUUGCCACCAUAGCUGCAGAAGGAAAUCAAGUGAACCUUUGUCGGUGUAUUUAGGCAUAUCACAGGGCUUAUGCAAUUUUUUUUAGAAUUAAAUAUAAAAAAAAGAGGAAACAAUAAAUACACUUAGAACAGAAUGUCACUUGAAUCUCUCAGCCAAGGAAAACAGAAAGAGGAUUUAGUAAAGAAGGGAUCAGGGUGGAUUUUUCUGAUGAUUAUUUUGCUGUGCCAACCUUCAGAUUUCUUUUUCCAGACUCACUAGUUCUUUUGAUGUACUUCUAUGCAACAUAGAUGUGUUUGGAUGCAUUUCUGUUUUGGAAUUAAAUUAUUUACUUGUAAACAUUUUGUCUUAAAAUAUGUCUAUAGAAAAUGACUUUAAUUUAUACAUCAGUGAGAGAAAAUAUUGAAUACAAAGUAAAUGUAUAAUUUUUUUAACUGAUUUUAAUAUAUAUUGAUGUUAACCGCUGUUAAUAUCUAUCUUGUGCACUUUAUCAUUAAAUAUUGUUUAUUUUUCUUGUUUUGUUUUGAAGUUUCAUGACAUGCAAGAUUAUGUGUUUUGUGUUUCUGCACUGAAAUGAAAAGUAACGUGGAGUAUGUGGCGGCAGAGAAUAUUGUGGUGUCCAUUUUUUAUCCACGUGGCAAAAGAAACAUAGGCAAACAUGUCCGGGUUCCUAUACACGAUGCACAAACUGGGGAGAAGUCCCCACAUCACGCUUGUAGUCAGAACAGUCGAUGUACAAAGUACAGUAAAAAAAAAAGACAUAUUCCCUCAGUGCUCAGUCAUGACUGUUUAGCCCCUUGUGUUCCAUUAGACGUUCCUCAAGCUAAAAUGCUGUUUGUUUGUUCAGAUCAGAUGUUGCCUGUAAUUGUGAAUCCAUCCAUUUGCUGUUGUCCUGAGGGGUGUGAAUGUGACAUGUGUACAUAAAGUGUUUAUUUUCUACAAAGAUUGAAUGUUUAUAUUGUCCAAUGUUUGAGCAUGUGAGUGUCGGGAAAAAAAGAAAAUCACAAAAGACUUAAUAAUUGUACAGCAAUGCGUGUCCAUAGUUGUGUAAGGGGAGUUGACUGUGUAAUCAAAAAACAUGUGCUGUCAACCAAUGACUGUCUGUGCAACCACGUCCUGUUAACGGCUGAAACAACACAAAGCGGGAAAACAAAAAAAUAUCAACUCAACUUCAAUAGUUAUCUGAGACUUUCUGUUUUGGAUGUUGCAUGUUCUGUUGAUGGUUUGUCUGUAUAUUUUGCCCUAAAGAUUAUGUUUAAAAGAGACAGAAUAUGUAUAGAUUUACCUGUAUGCUGACUGUAAAGAAUUAUGCUCAGUUCAGUGUGAAAACAAAGAAUCUAAUGUUAUGGUUUUGUGGUUGUACACAGGAUGUGUUGAGAUAUUAUGCAAAAUGUGCUGUAAAAAAAUCAGC